AUGCCCAUCCUAAUUACCUAUGCAACUUCGCGAGGCUCGACGCGGGAAGUAGCUGAACGCAUCGCCUCUCGACUCCACGAUGCUGGCUUCGGCGUCGAUUGCAGACCCGUCGACCGCGUUUACAGUGUCGAUAGUUAUAGCGCCGUCAUUCUUGGGAGCGCCGUACAUUCACACAGAUGGCUCCUAGACGCCUUGAAGUUUCUUGAUAUCGAAGCCAUGGGGCUUCAAAAGCGGCCAGUGUGGACAUUUAGUGUGAGCAUGGCCCCCGUGAGAUCCCCAAGCUGGAUGCGCAGGCGCUUGGUCGACAAGGAAGCAAAAUCGAUUGAGGCGACAAUCAUCCACAAAGUGCCUAAAGUCCGGGACCACCGCUUGUUCGCAGGGAAGCAUGAGCUUUCUUCGACACCAUUACCAAUGAGGCUGCUAUACUCGUGCAUCGGUGGAAGGCUCGGUGACCAUCGGAAUUGGAAUGAAAUUGAUGCCUGGUCCAACGCAAUUGCAAAGCAAUUAGCAUCA